AUGUCUUCUACCGACUCCUAUGGUCGUCGGACCUGGGACGAGGCCGAAUAUGCGGAGCGGGCUCGGCAGAGGCAGCAGCAGGGCAACCAGUCUGCUGACCUGGCGUCGCAGAAGAACGUGCGCAAGUUCUUUGAGUCGCGCAGGGAGCAACUUGAAAAGGUUGAGAAAUUCAAUAGUGUCACGUUUGUGGGUUCCAUGAACGCCAAGGAGGCCAGUUUCUUCUGCGAUGUUUGCAAUCGAAGAUUUAAGGACGACCUCAAGUUUGUCGAGCACCUCAAUUCCAAGGAGCAUUUGGUAAACUCUGGAUUUUCGCACGAGUCGGAGCUUCAGCGCGAAGUGACGCUCGAGCAGGUGAAGGAGAGACUCAGGCAGUUAAAGGCGAAGAUGGAGAGGAGUCGGGAGAAGGCUCCUGAGGUUGAUUUUGCCACUGGGGUGCAGCAGAUGAGAGAGAAGUACGAGCAGCAGAAGCAAAAGAAGAAGGCGAAGAAGCGGAAGCGCCAGGAGCGCCAGGACCCUGACGUGGAUGCAGAGGACCUUGAAGUCAAGAAAUUGAUGGGAUUUGGGAGCUUCAAAAACAAGGAUGAAAAGAGAGAAUUUCGGAUCUCGAACCUGAAAGAUGCCUCUCUGAUAGGCUUGAACAGUGUGACUUUGGCUUUUCUGACCAACGAUCGCUAUGAAGAGAUUGAGCAGUGGAUAGACGACAUUCGUCAGUUCCCAGGACAGGUCAUUAUUUCUAUCGGCGGCGCAACAGGCGAGUAUCCUUCAGAUUGUCGGUCUGUUGAAGAAGAGGCUUCUCGGCUAAUUGAGUUGGUUGCCAGGGCAGGAUUUACAGGGAUCGAUCUGGAUAUUGAAGGCACUGUUCUAGAGAGGCACAGUAAGGUUGCAAAAAUUGCUAAAAUUAUAAAUCUUGUCCAGAGCCACUUCGGGGAACAGUUCUACGUUUCACUUACUCUCCCUAUCGAAUUCGAGGGAGGAUUGAAUGAUGAUGCCCUUUGGGCUUUGAAUAUGAUGAUCAGCAGCAAGGUCCAUUUGAAUGUUGUCAACGCUAUGAUCAUGGAUUAUUACACUAAGCUGCCCCACGGAUCCAACUGGGGGGCGGAGAACAUUCGCGUACUGAAGGAGAUGAACCGCCAAUUGCGAUUGAACUUGCAUCUUACCGAGGAGCAGGCUUGGAGAAUGACUGGGUUAUGCCCAAUGAUAGGUUACAACGACGACAAUACGGUUUUCUCGCUCGAAGAUUUUGAUAGAGUGUUGGCUUUUGCCAAGUCUAAAAAUGUCGCUCUCGUGACCUAUUGGGCGAUAAAUAGGGACCAGGUGGCUCCGACCCGCGAUAUGUUGAAGUUGAAGAAGAACGUGUAUGCUUUUUCGAACGCACAGAGCCGCGACCUCGAGUAUUGUCGCAAGGUACAAGACUACUUUCACUAA